AUGGCCCGCCAAAUUUCUUCCGCAGGCAAGGAAUUAGGGCCCAACGCUUAUGAGGUUACUACAGCUGAGGGCAAGUCGAAGACUGUUCUCCAGCAAAAGACGGGCCAGAUCAUUGUGAAGGAUUCGCCAGAGGCAGUGAAGGCAAUGAAGAACGUCUUCAUGCGAUUAUGCACUACCACGGACGAGUUGAUCUCAGUCAACGACGUCAUGAAGGUGCAUAACUUGUUGGGUGAGCCAAUGGAUGAUGAGGAUGAGAAGAAGAUGAUGGCCUUCUUUGACACAGGCUCUAAGUCGAAGGUAUGCAUCAGCUUCGAUACAUUUAUGGCAUGGUGGAACGAGUUGCACGAUGUUGGUGCUGAUCCAGACAAGUACUACUCACAGGAGCGCUACCGACAGCGCUUCAAGGUGCUUCAGUCUCGCCUUAAGGAGCCCACCAUUGCUUCAAUUCUGUCUGUGACAGAGGGUGAGGUCGGCUCUCGACGGUUCCGCGUUUGGUUCGAGAGUGAUGGGAACCGUCUGUCUCCGUGGCACGACAUUCCCCUGCGAAACCCGGAUGGCUCGUACAACUUCGUUUGCGAGAUCCCGAAGUGGACAAGGAAGAAGUACGAGAUUGCAACAGGAGAAACCAUGAACCCCAUCAAGCAGGAUGUUAAAAAUGGCGUCCUGCGUGAAUACAAGUGGGGCGACAUGCUCUUCAAUUAUGGGGCGUUCCCGCAGACCUGGGAAGAUCCCAAGCACGUUAGCGAGGAAACUGGAUUCCCAGGUGACAAUGACCCUAUUGAUGUCAUUGAGUUAGGCACGCGGCAGCGACCCGUGGGCUCAAUUACACGAGUAAAGAUUCUGGGCGUGAUUGCCAUGAUUGACGAUGAUGAGACCGACUGGAAGGUCCUCACUAUUGCCAUGGAUGAUGACCGAUCGCAGAAUGUCAACGACUUGAACGACAUCGAUGCACACAUGCCGGGAUGCACUCAAGCUCUCACUGACUGGCUCAGGAUGUACAAGACCGCAGAAGGCAAGAAGGAGAACAAGUUUGGUUGUGGUGGCAAGCCGCAGGGCGCCGCGUUUGCGCGCAAGGUGGUGGACGAGUGCCACGAAGCAUGGCGGAAGCUUCUCGCCGCUGCAGAUGAGAAAGGAAAAGUUAAGAAGAUUGCCAGUGGCAACAAUCUUUACACUGAGCUUGCGCUUGGUGACGAUGACGAUUAG